CCCUGCUCCACCCAAGCUCCAUGCUCUUUGGCGUCGGGCCCCUCCGUCCAGCCCAGACCGGUCGCCGCCUCCCGACAGCCCAGACUGGGGGGCCCGGGGGCGCUGCGGCCUCCUCCGGGGUUCUCCACCCAGGAUGACUUCAGUGGCUAGAUCAGAGACUGUAGAAGUGCUAGAAGAGGAGCCAGUGACAUCUAAGACUCAUGAUCGUCAACUGGAAUCAGAUCCCAACCCUGUGGAAGUGUGUAGUAAAUCGUCUGCCUCGCUGGAGAUGACUCAAGGCAUUUCAAAGGAAAGAAUUCACCUUGUCUCUAGCCCUAAAAAGGAGGGAAGUUGUGAUCUCAGCCCCCAGGAAGGACUUCAAUCCGGGUCCCUUCGUUUGACCCCCCAAGAAGAGUCUGCCCAUCGUCAAGACAGGAGGCAAUCCUGGCGGCGAGCAAGUAUGAAAGAAAUGAACCGGCGGAAGUCGCUGCUUCCCUUUCAUCAGGGCAUCACAGAGCUCAGCAGAUCCAUCAGCGUCAACUUAGCAGAAAGCAAACGGCUUGGCGCUCUCCUGCUUUCCAGUUUCCAGUUCUCUGUUCAGAAACUCGAACCUUUCCUAAGGGGCACUGAGGGCUUCAGUCUUGAAAGUUUUAGAGCCAAAGCAUCUUCUCUUUCUGAAGAAAUGAAACAUUUUGCAGACGAACUGGAAAGUGAUGGAACUCUACAAAAAUGUUUUGAAGAUUCAAAAGAAAAAGCAUCAGAUUUGUCCCUGGAAACAUCAGUGGCAGAGAUGAAGGAAUACAUAACAAAAUUUUCUUUAGAACGUCAGACUUGGGAUCAGCUCUUGCUGCACUACCAGGAGGAGGCUGAAGAGAUCAUAUCCAGAGGAUCAACUGAAGCCAAAAUUACUGAAGUUGAAGUGGAACCUACGAUGUAUCUUGGGUCUUCCCAGAGUGACGUCCUGAAUACAAAGCCUGACUACCAGAAAAUACUGCAGAACCAGAACAAAGUCUUUGACUGGAUGGAGUUGGUGAUGGAUGAGCUGCAGGGAUCAGUGAAGCAGCUGCGUGCCUUUAUGGGCGAAAGUUCCCAGUGCCUCCAGAAGGUGUCAGUACAGCUCGGGAAGAGAAGCACACAACAAUUAGAUCCCUCACCAGCUCGAAAACUGCUCAAGCUUCAACCACGAAACCCACCGACCACAUUGCUCUAGAUCUUGUCAGUGACCUUAUGAAGCUUUUCUCCCACCAGGUGCUCUAGAGGAGAGAAAUGGGAAGAGUGCCCCAGUGCUUGGUGGCUGCAUCGUAGUGUGAGCUGGUGAUAUCUGCCCUGUUGCCUUUGAAGAUAACUGGCUGACUGUAGAGCACUUCCAUUUUUUUCUAAAAGUGAUGGAAUUGAUGCAUCCGAAAGAAUGUUGUAUAGACAUUUUCCCAAGAACCUGCAAAAUUCUUGAGACUUCUGUUUUGGAAUAACCUUCAGAACCAGUAGCCCAUUCUUUUAAAUAUCCUGUGUGGUCAGAAAUAUUCAUCUUGUGAAGAUGUUUUCCAGGUUUUGAAACAAUCCAAAGUCAUUCUGGACCAAAUCCAAUGAAACAUUUUAGGGAUCAAGUUGGGUUCUAGUUGUAAAGGAAUGAGACCAAUUUUCUCGUGUGGCUCUGAAGGUGAUAGGUAGAGGAGUUGUGAUCGUGUGGACGUGUAUAUCACUUCACAAGAUGUCCAAGUUGAAGGAAAUACACAUUCUCUAUGUCCUGAUGUCUAUAGAGUGCUUUUCAACAUCCUAAAUCUUGGAUUCAUGGCAAGAAGGGGCUAAGUACUCCUUUUCCUUGUUCUCUAUGUUUGUUAAUAAUCUGCAAUAUAAAAUUACACAUAAUUAACAGCUUUCCCUUGUCUUUGUGUAUAUUUUGGGUGUAUAAAAAAUUAAAAGGCAAGAAGGGCUUAGCAGAAAAUAGGAUUCUUUGCCAAGAUGCAGAAGUGAACAGUAGUGUAGAGAUUUACCUCAGCAUUAAUUACCAAUAAAACAUCAACUAAUUUUU